AUGUUCUUCUUCUUCGUCGGAGGCGUGAACCAGCAAGUGAAGGAGGUGUUGAAGCGCGGUGCCGGAAGGUGUAUUGCCUGCGGAUCAGCGGCCGACCUCGUGGAAUACGAGAAGGUUCUGAAGAUCUUUUUCCUGCCCGUGAAGACCUGGCCUGGGAAACAACCGGUGCUUCACUGCGACAAUUGCAACCUCUUCUUCCCCCAAUCCUUCGCUCCUCCGCCGCCGCCGGCGGACGAAAGGCGGUUGCGCUCGAUUACUGACGUUUUGACCUGUCCUCACUGUUCUCGGGAGGUAGAUCCGGAGUUCCGGUUCUGCCCCUUCUGUGGCUCCGCUCUCUGA